GUUACCUCAGCGCUUUCCGAGGUAUGAGAUUGGGUCAUUUACCACCCUGCUCCCUUAUCUAUUAAAGAAGGAAGUCACGAAUUUUACGAAAGCGGUGGAAAACGGACAGAAACAACGGGCAAACCUGGAGAACUGGCCCAGRAGAAAACGUCGGAUAGCUCCUUUUUCUCCUUCUGCCGGCGGAUCAGUCGGAAUCUGAGGGGCGUGCACGCGCGCAUGCGUGUGUGUUUACAAGUGUUUGAACGAGUGCCAGAAACGAGGGAAGGAGGAUAAAACCCCAAGGAAGGAGGGAUGGUGGACAACUCCAGCAGUAGCAAGGCGCAAAUGCCAAGCAUGUCUCAGGAGCCCAGUGUGGCUUUUCCACAGAGCACCUCUACAGGGGGAAUGAAGCUGGAGGCAGUGAUGGAGCAGCUCCAGCGCCAGCAGCAGGCCCGUCUGGAAAUGGAGAGGAAGGAACGGAAGCUGCGAGAGGCCCACAUCAUGUACGCUCAGCAGGUUGCAGCUCAGCAGGCCAUACUGGCUGCAGCCCGGGCUUCCGGGGCAAGCUUCAUGGGCAAAGGCAUGACCGGAGGCGUUCCUGCAGCCGGCUUGCCUCCUCGGGUGUCCAAUCAGAGCAGCGUGGACUCGGAAAGAGAGGAGGAUGAGGACAGAGGCCGGGAUUCGGGGGAUGAGGAUGAUGACAACGAGAUGAUGGAGGGGGACGAGGGAAGCGACGAGGAUGAGGGAAACGCCAGCGGCCUGGAGUUUCUCCGCAAGCAGACCCUGGCUCUGCAGCAGAACGCCUCCCGUAUCCCAGCCCGUCCGUUCGCAGGCUACUCCAUGUCGGCCCCGCAGAGAGCUGCCUCCCCACCUGUUAGAGUGAAGCAGGAACCUGAUGAGGGCAUGUCCCCUGCAGGGCCAAACUCGUCUGCCUCUCCUAAUGGACAGGCCGACUGGGGAUUUGAUGACCACUUCAGACAGAAUGGCAGUGCUGGAUGGACAGAUGAAGCUGACAGUAACAGAGGAAGAGGAGAAGCCUCCAGAGACUUCGCUAAGCUGUAUGAGCUGGACAAUGAUCCGAAAAGGAAGGAAUUUCUGGAUGAUCUCUUUACCUUCAUGCAGAAAAGAGGAACCCCGGUCAAUCGCAUUCCCAUCAUGGCCAAGCAGGUCCUGGAUCUGUACAUGCUCUACAAGCUGGUAACGGAGAAAGGCGGCCUUGUGGAGGUUAUCAACAAGAAGAUCUGGAGAGAAAUCACCAAGGGACUCAACCUGCCCACAUCCAUCACCAGCGCUGCUUUCACUCUGCGCACACAGUACAUGAAAUACCUGUACCCGUACGAGUGCGAGAGGAAAGGCCUCAGCUCCCCGGGCGAGCUGCAAGCCGCCAUCGACAGUAACCGACGCGAGGGCCGUCGUCCCAGCUACAGCAGCAGCCUCUUCCGCUUCUCGCCUUCUCCAAGCACGGCUCCCCACAUCCUCUCACCUCCCAAGAUGCAUCUGGCAGGCCUUGGCGCCGGGACCUCGGUCGCCCUCAAUGGCCUGCAGGCUUCUCCAGGUCCCUCUCUGAAGAAAGAAGACCUGACCCCUGCGAUCAUGGCUUCAAGACCUCCUCUUGCGCUGUCUCUGGGUCAGCAGCAGGUGGCCGGUUUGGCGAGAGCCGCCACCCUGGAGCAGCUCAGAGAAAAACUGGAGACCAGCGGGGGAGGAGAGGGGCCGGAGCGAAAGAUGGCCCGCCUGGCAGAGGAGCAGCAGCGCCUCAUGCAGCAGGCUUUCCAACAUAACCUGCUGGCCAUGGCAUCCCAGAUGCCCAUGAAUCUGCGCUUGGGAGCCCCCACCAUCACCACCAGAGCGCAUCAUAUUCCUGGCUACACAUCCAGACAGACAUCUCCAAAGAAGUUGCAGUCAAAAGAUGAGAAGCAGCAGGAUAUGUCUCUUAGCAUCUCCACCAAUGGGAAUGCCAGCAUCACUGUAUCUGUGGAGGUUAACGGCACAAUCUACUCUGGAACCCUGUUUGCCCAGAAGUCCGGCGGGGCACCAGGGCCUGUUGUUGCUGCUAGUGCCGCCUCAUCAUCCCCUGCUGGACCCAGCUCAAGCUUUGGCUUCUCUGCUCCCCAGGCCCAGACCCUCAGCCCCACACCUUCCUCMACCUCCUCCUCCAAGGGCUCCGGCUCCGCCGAGCUGGCGCCCAGCGGUUCCCCCUAACUCGAGCUUUCCUUUGUACCCGCUCCCUAGGCCGCUGCUCCACGGCAAGGCCCCAGCAUGAAUAUACAGUACAAUGAGAAACCGAUAAGAAUAAGAAACUGUUGCACAACAAAUACCUCAACAACCCUGUCAACCUUUUGGCUGUCCAAUCAUGAACAUAGAGCCCCAGAAUAUCACAUAAAACCCACUUCUCUGCGUUAAAGUCAUCACACGCAUAGAUAUACACAAAUCAAAACACACAUUAUACACACUCAUACACUUGUUAAUCCUAGUGUACAUGCUAAACACAAUCAGCUCAGCCAAAACCCACUGACAGGCGUAUUCACAACUGAACUUGAAAAGUUUUAUUUUAGGACAUUUUGUUGGUUUUGUUGCCAUUUUGUUGUCUUUUUGAUUUUUUUUUUUUUGUUUUGUUUAGAAUGAUUUUUGUUUUCAGUUUUUUCUCUUUUUACAUACCUCAAAUCAAGUAACCUGCAGUGGUGUCUUUACCUCAGGAGCUGUAGAAUAUUUAACCUGAAUCAACUUUAUUUUUGUAUUCUGUUUAAACUUGUUGCAAUCAGGGGAAGUCGGGUAUCUCUCACCAACAGAACCUCAUGUACAGCGCACUCACCUCACAGCAAUAGGCCUCCAGCCCAGGCCACUCAGGUCUGUGACACACUGUAGCCUCGUGUUGAACUCAGACUGGUGAAUGAUAAAGAUGAUGCUGUAGAUCAGCAGAUUAAAUACCUCAUUUCACAACUACCCUCAGUAAAAGACCUUUACGAAGGUUGGAAGCACUAACCUAUACAGGAGCAUCUCAGUAAAUUCAAGUAUCUUUAAAAAUGUAAUUUAAUUCAAGAAGGGAAAUCCCCCGCCUCAGCGUUAUGCAUUUCAAGUGUUUGUAUCUGUUAUGGCUUUCAGCAAAUGCCAAAAAAAAAAACAUAUUUCAGUUUCUCAGAAAAAAAAAAAGAAAAAAAAGUAUUGCAUGUACAAAUAUAGACCUACCGAAAAAUAUGUCCACUCAAUACCUAGUUGAAACUCCUUUCGCAUGAAUUACUCCCAUCAAUGCGACCUGACAGGGAGGUGAUCAGCCUGCGGCUUGGCUGCUCUCCAUUAUUGGCUCCGGUGUCUCUCAUCUUUUACGUAACGGCACCCCGGAGGGUCUCAGUGGAGUUCAGGUCAGGCCGGUUUGCUGGCCAGUCGAACGCAGUGAUGCCGUGUUCAUUAAGGCACAUACUGGUACUUUUAACAAUGUGAAAAGGUGCCAAGUCCUGCCAAGCUAAAAUGUUUUGGUAGAUGGCUUGUUCAUGUCCUGAAUAAGUCUUUGUGUGUCGGUGGAUCUUACAGCCCUGACCAAGGCUGUAGUUCCCCAAGCUCUUAAAUUGACUUUUUUUUCCCCCUUACUUCUGAUCUUCCCUAUGCUUAACCUUAUACUGAAAUUAUGAGAUYAUGCCAGCUUCUUUACCAAGAGCUUUUGUGGCUUACUUUCAUCCCCAAAAGGUUUUGUAAUAGGCUUACAAAACGUAUUAUUAUUAGUCUAGUUUCUAGUGCAAAUACAUUUAGUGUAUUUGAAAUGAGAUAAAGCUAAGUUACCAGUAAUUUUUCAUCAAAAUGUUGGAGUUGAUUUAAGUAAAUGAUUCCUUUAUAUUCAUAUAAAAAUCCUGUUUUCACUGGUAGAUUAUUUCACUUAUAAUGAGACAUUUUUCCCUUGCUAUAAGUGAAAUWAUCUGCAUGUGGAACUAAUAAUUUAUUAUCAGUAUUAAGUAAUUAUUUACUUAAAACAAGCCAUGUGUCUUGAUGAAAAGUUACUUUUAAGUCCUCUGCACUAAAAAGCUAUAGAAUUUAUUUAACAUUCUAAUUAUCUGAGGAACUGAAUUUUUGGGUUUCAUCCCUGCCACAAUCAUCAAAACUAACAGAAGUCAAUACUUGAAAUAUAUUGAUUCUUUGUGUAAGAAAUCUACAUAAUAUAACUUUAACUUUUUGAAUUGAGGCGCUGAAAUAAAUGAACUUUUUGAAAAUAUUUCUGUCUAUUGAGAUGCACUUUUAGUCCAGUUGCUCACAGGCCUGUUUUUUUUUUUUAACGACUUAACGCACAAAGUUUGGGGGGGGAACAGCAGCUCUUGUCCACCAACAAGCCCAGUAGACCCUGAGCCCCCUGUCUCUAAUCAGACCUACUGUGGCAUUCCAAACCCAGCUACACGGUCCCAUUUUGUCAUCCCCCAACCCCGUAUUUUGGUUUGCAUCCUUCCACCUGAAUGUCCAGUAGGACGGCGUCUUCAUCCAGUAAGUAGUUCCCAGACCUCACACUGGCCUCUCUCUUCUGGAGGGCAUCUCUCUCAGGAAGCAAAGUGACAACCGCAAGGAAUCACUGAUAAUUUAAAGAAGAUUCAUUCGUGAAGAAUGCACAAGACUACGUGACUGUUUCARAAAAAAAAAAAAAAAAAAAAAA